UCAGAUAAAGGACAUUUCAUCCCCUGCGUCUUCUCUCCUAUCCGUACACACACGUGGCUUGGAAAACGCAGUGCGAUAAUUGCAUAAAACGUCCUCCUGGUAUCGCAGGUGACAUACUGCAUGGGAAUGUGCACGACAUUACCUCAAGAGAUUGCGUCGUAACCCAUCGCAUGCGAUAUGUCGCUGUGGAGCCCUGGCGAGUCGCGCCACCCGGCACUGCUACACAGAGUAGUGCUGCACCAGUCACUGCCUCCUUACCGCUGUGUGCAGCCUCAGGCCCAGCGAGCUCUCCGCCUCCCAUAGACCUGACUGCUGAACGCUGCCGGAAGUUUGGCCCGCUGGCAUGCCGUAGUCCCGGUUGCUACGGUCGGCGCGUCCCCUAGUAACGGCGCGCACAGUACAGAAUCUCCGCCACAUUCCGGUCCCGGGUCCGUUCCCGGUCUCCUUUCUUCAGGUCUCCGGUCCCGGCGCCGGCCAUGGCUUCUAAUGCGAGCGUCUUCCUCCUGAAUGUGAAUGGACAGAUAGAGAGCGGAGAGUUCCCGGAGUAUGAUGAUCUCUACUGCAAGUACUGCUACGUGUACGGACAUGACUGGGCGCCCACCUCCGGGGUGGAAGAAGGAAUUUCCCAAAUCGCUUCCAAGAACAGAACUGCGAACCAGUGCGUUGUGUGGAACUUCCCUGUGGAGAUCACCUUCAAAAGCACCAACCCGUACGGCUGGCCUCAGAUCGUGGUCAGCGUCUACGGACCGGACGUCUUUGGGAAUGAUGUAGUGAGGGGCUACGGAGCAGUUCACCUCCCCUUUACUCCAGGCAGGCAUAAAAAGACGAUUCCCAUGUUUGUCCCAGAGUCUUCCUCCAGGCUUCAGAAGUUCACCAGCUGGCUCACCGGUCACCGUCCAGAAUUCACAGACCCGAAAGUUGUAGCUCAAGGGGAUGGUCGAGAAGUCACAAGGGUCCGUUCACAAGGAUUCCUCACCCUCUCCUUCAGCGUGGUGACCAAGGACCUGAAGAAACUCGGCUACACCACCAGUUCCAGCGAGGCUCCAAACUCAGUGGUAACCUCUAACCCGUGAUGCCCUUGAUCUCCGGCCUGCGGCUCCCAUCAGGAAGGGGGGCAUGCUGAAUAUUCAGCGCAGGGCACACGCCGUCCAUCUGGAGAGAGAGGACUAUUAAUAUGCCGAUCUGAGGAGCGUCUCCUGCUGUUAAAUAUAAGCCGGCCAAAUGGUGAACCUCGGAAAGCAAAGCGAACCCCCAGCGUGCGCCUGUGAGAUUCCAGCUCUUGAGUGCUGGUUUUAGCAAGAUUUGCAUUGUUUUUGUGUGCAAAGUGCAGUUCUCAGGGUCGGCACAUCCGAGGACGCUUUUCCCGCUCUCCGUGUUGUCCUAUUUCACCAAAACUACAAGUUAGAUCGGUGACCCCCACUUAAAGGGAGACUCCACUUCUGAACUGAAUCAAUCAAAAAUCUACAUGUAAGUUUCUAAAUAAUUGAUGUAUCUUUUACUGACUUUUGACUUGUACUCUAGUCCCACCCAAAGCUAAGUUUCAGAGACUGCUGGCUUACAGCUGGGCUGUGGAAGGUCACAUGACUGUGAGGCAGAUCACAUGACCGGCAGCAGAGUGCAGAGACACCUCGGGCCGUUUCUAUGGGGAAACAAUCAGGGUUUUUUACACGUGUCUUUGAAUGUGAUUGGAGAAUAAUACAUAACUCAAUACUAGAUAGGUAGAGCAAAAUCUUAAAGGCUAUGGACAACUUUGGGAGCAUUUUUUUUUUUACUAUCGCAUUGUACAUAUUUUGAGCUA